AUGGCAACUGUGGAACCAGAAACCACCCCUACUACUAAUCCCCCACCUGCGGAAGAGGAGAAAACAGAAUCCAGUCAGGAGGUUGCCAACCCAGAGCACUAUAUCAAACACGCUCUCCAGAACAGGUGGGCACUCUGGUUUUUUAAAAAUGAUAAAAGCAAAACUUGGCAAGCAAACCUUCGAUUGAUCUCUAAGUUUGAUACUGUUGAAGACUUUUGGGCUCUAUACAACCAUAUCCAGUUGUCUAGUAAUUUAAUGCCUGGCUGUGACUACUCACUUUUUAAGGAUGGUAUUGAGCCUAUGUGGGAAGAUGAGAAGAACAAACGGGGUGGUCGAUGGCUAAUUACAUUGAACAAGCAGCAGAGACGAAGUGACCUCGAUCGCUUUUGGCUAGAGACACUGCUGUGCCUUAUUGGAGAAUCUUUUGAUGACUACAGCGAUGAUGUAUGUGGAGCUGUUGUCAGUGUUAGAGGUAAAGGUGAUAAGAGAGCAAUAUGGACUCCUGAGUGUGAAAACAGAGACGCAGUCACACACAUAGGGAGGGCAUACAAGGAAAGGUUAGGACUUCCUCCAAAGAUAGUAAUUGGUUAUCAGUCCCGCGCAGACACAGCUACAAAGAGCGGCUCCACCACUAAAAAUAGGUUUGUUGUUUAAGAAGACACCUGAGUGUUCUCA